AUGAAGAAGCUUUCUCUUUAUACUUGUUUACUGAGUUUGAGUCUCUUGGCUCUUCUUCCCUGCAGCAAAGCCAGUCAGGCCGAGAAACUUCUUGAGUUGAUCCUGUCUAGGACCUCACAGAAACCUCCUGUUACCCUUUCUGAGGCUGAGGAAGAUGCAUUGGAAACACAUUCUUCUGCUUAUGUUGCACCCCAAGAGGGUCUCAGCCAAGCUGACAAGAUUCUACAAUUGCCUGGCCAACCCUAUGGGGUCAAUUUUGAUCAAUAUUCAGGCUAUGUUACUGUUGAUCCAGUAGCUGGAAGAGCACUUUUCUAUUAUUUUGUUGAGUCUCCUUAUAACCCUUCAACUAAACCUUUAGUAUUGUGGCUCAAUGGAGGACCUGGUUGUUCCUCAUUGGGGUAUGGAGCAUUUGAGGAAUUGGGACCUUUCAGAAUAAACUCUGAUGGAAAAACACUCUAUCGUAACAAAUAUGCUUGGAAUGAAGUGGCAAAUGUGUUGUUCUUGGAAUCCCCAGCUGGAGUGGGGUUUUCCUACUCAAACACCACUUCAGACUAUGAUGAUGCAGGAGAUAAAUCUACUGCUAAAGAUGCCUAUGUUUUCCUCAUCAAUUGGCUAGAAAGGUUUCCACAGUACAAAACUCAUGAUUUGUACAUAACUGGGGAGAGCUAUGCUGGCCAUUAUGUGCCUCAGCUUGCAUACACUAUUUUGCUCAACAAUAAAUACGCUCCCCAAACUAUUAACCUCAAAGCCAUUGCUAUAGGGAAUGCUUGGAUUGAUGAUGUUACAAGUCUGAAGGGGAUAUUUGAUUACUUAUGGGCUCAUGCUUUGAGCUCAGAUCAAACACAUGAGUUAAUUGAGAAGUACUGUGAUUUCAGUGAAAAAGUUUCAAGAAUAUGUGCCAAUGCAUCAAGAACGGCCUUUUUUGAUGAGAGAGGAAAGAUAGAUUUUUCUAACAUUUAUGCUCCACGGUGUCACGAUUCUUCUCUCAAAAAUGCAUCAACUGGUUUUGUAACUGAUUUUGACCCAUGUUCUGAUAACUACGGCGAGGCCUAUCUAAAUAGGCCAGAAGUCCAACUAGCUCUUCAUGCAAAACCCACAAACUGGACCCAUUGCAGUGAAGUAUUAAACUACAAGGACAGGUCUACUACCAUCUUACCGGUCAUCAGGUAUCUCAUCGACAGUGACAUUGGAUUGUGGGUAUACAGUGGUGAUAUUGAUUCAGUGGUGCCAGUCACAUCUUCCAGAUAUUCAAUCAACACCCUCAAGCUACCUAUCCAAGUUCCUUGGUAUCCAUGGUAUUCUGGAAAUGAGGUUGGAGGGUAUGUGGUGCAAUACAAAGGAGCGACAUUUGUUACAGUAAGAGGAGCAGGACAUUUGGUCCCAAGUUGGCAGCCAGCAAGGGCUCUAACCUUAAUCUCCUCAUUCCUCUCUGGAAUCCUUCCUCCUACUUCACCAUGGCAGCCUUUCUAA